AUGGCUCCUCUAUCACAGAAGAAAAGAAAGUUGCAGGAUGGUAUGCGAGGCAAGACAGAACGACCCAAGAAAAGAUUUCGCAAACAGAAAGCAUAUCACAGUUCUUCGGAGGACGAGUCCGACGGUCCAGAGGAUGGGUUCACAGCGGUCAACCUGGAUGAUUCAGGUGACGAGGCACCGCAGAAGCCUCUAUCCAAAAAGCCACAACGAUCAGCCAAUACGAGCCGGUCGGAAAAGCAACCGGUAGCAAACGAUGAAGAAGAGGCCGAGGAUGAGGAUCCGGGCUCUGGUUCAGAGGCAGAAGACAAUGAAGAAGGAAACGCAGAGGAGGAAGGCGAUGACGAAGAAGAAGAUCCAGAAGAAGACCCCAGCACAAAUAGACGCAAAACCACGACGAAACGCAACGACCCGGAAGCCUUCUCAACAUCCAUCGCCAAAAUUCUCUCCACAAAACUCUCCCAAUCCGCACGCAAAGACCCCAUGCUCUCACGGAGUCGCGACGCCGUCGAAGCCAGUACAUCACUCGCCAACGAGAAACUCGAGCGGAAAGCCAAAGCCAAACUCCGCGCCGAGAAGAGGGAAGAACUGGAGCGAGGACGCAUCAAGGACGUUCUCGGUCUCAGCUCAGGUCAAGCGGGUGAGGUUGCUGAGGAGGAGAAGCGGUUACGAAAAGUUGCGCAGAGGGGCGUGGUCAAGUUGUUCAAUGCCGUAAGAGCUGCACAGGUGCAGGGCGAACAGGCCGCAAAGGAAGAGCGGAGGAAAGGCACGAUCGGAGUGGAACAUCGGCAGGAGAAGGUCAAUGAGAUGAGUAAACAGGGGUUUUUAGAUUUGAUCAGUGGCGGGAGUAAGGCGAGCUCUACGCCAGUAUAG